AUGGUCAGAACACCUGCAAGAGAUGUGGUGGCAUGUUUCUUAAGCGACUCGACUUGGAAAAAUCACUUGGCUAAUGAUCACGGACCUCAGCCAGAGUGUUCAAAGUCAAAUUGUGGUCACAAAGCUACAACUCCCCUCGAAUUUGCACUUCAUUAUCUCUCGUGUAGUAUGGUGAAAUGCAAGAAGUGUGAUGGAUUCUUUGAUAAGGACAAGGAUCCUGAACUCAAAGCACAUAUGGCUGAGUCUCAUUCGCCAAAAUUAAUCUUUGGCUGUGUUCAAUGUACUAGAACUUUCCAAUCGUCGGAUGCUGUUGCACAACAUUAUUCUGCCGAGCAUGCAUUCAUUUGCGCAGCUUGCCCGGGAACAUUUUUUAUCAACUCUGCUACUAGGGAACGACAUUUUGCAACUUGCGGUAAUACAUCGGAGACAUCAGACUCGGGCGAAAGUUUCCAAACAUCUCGCACUGAAUUUUCGCCACUGAUGCAAAAGAAGCCUUUGCCAGUUUUGAAAUUAUGUCCAUCUCCAGCUCAAGCACAGGUUCGGAUCCACGAAGAGCCUUUUUCUCCAGCCCCGCUACUACCACUGACCCAAAGCACUCAAGACCCCAAAAUCAAGAGGAGAAAUGCUGUAGAAAGACUCGCACAAAGAAUACUGGAUGAGGCAAAUACUCAAUCAAAGCUGAUUUAUGGAAGUGGAAAAUGCAAUGCCUUCUUUUCGCAAGUUGAAGAGGAAGAGGAGCUGUAA